GUUAAAUUCAAAACCAACAACUGCUUUGACGCUUUAUAGCUGGCAUCUUAAAAUUGGACGUGAACAACUAUAGUAGCUACACGGUACAGUAGGUUUGUUGUAAAUUAACAAUGUAAUAUGUUUGCUACGUUUUAACAUGAAUGUGUUCAACUUAACAAGCUGGCUAAGUUAAUUAUCUAACAUUACCGAUUGACUUGCGACACAUCUAACGUUAACUAUUCUUGCUAACGUUAGCUAGCUAAGUAUUUUAAUUGUCAUUCAUUCAGUGUAUUAGGAAACGUGGCUAGUUAAGUCGAUUUUUGUAUUUAUCCUUCACACAUCGAGUGCUCUUAUCAAUGUGAACGACGAUUACUAACUAGCCAGUUAACGUGUUUCUGUCAAUGUAUUUGUUUCAUAACUGACGGCGAAGAUGGAGCCGCCUGAUGCUGCUUCAAGGAUGGAGUGAGUGACAUGUUUGUUGAUGGCCUCAUUGUAGUUCACUAACUUUCCAAUUUUAUUAAUCCAGGAAAUUAACCCAGGAAAUGCUUUGAAAUUAUCGCUGGCCAUGACCCCACUCUCCGAGGGUGUCUUAGGGGGAGUGGGAUAUGCAAAAAAUAAAAUAAUAUCCCAAUUCACACGUGUAUAAUACACACUUGUACAUGUGUGAAAUAGGACAAAUGUAAGCACCCACCUAAUUAUUAUUGUUACGUUUCUCCAUGUGUAUUUCAAGUAUAGCGUUAAUAUUACUAGGUACGUUAACUGCUUGGGUUUGUUUUCUAAAUUGCAGCAGUGAUCAUGUUGGAUCCUCCAAACGGCGUAUUUCUUCGGUUAGUACAGCAGUUACUCAUAAAACUAUUUAGUUAGCGGGUGUUUUGUCUACCAUUUCAACAGAACGUCUCCUGAAGUAAUAUUUUAUCUACAUCUAAUCAGAUCCUGAAAGUUCCACGGACAUCUAUCAAAUUCACUGGCCCAGAGCUAGAGGAGAGUCGGGUAAAGACUAAAUAGAUAGCAGUUGGGGAACUUCUGAAUGUCUCUGACAUGUCACUUGACUGAAAAUGUAUUGUUGUCUUCACAAGGUGGAGGUUGUCAAGCCAGUAGAGAAGAGGAUCUCCAGAAGAGUCAGUUUCGCCACUUCCAAUGAUGUUCUACUGUUUUCAAAGUAAAACAUUUUUGCUGUGCCACAUUUUGAAUUUAAACUACAAUACCACGAAAAUAACAAACUCUUAUAAACAAUGUUAUUACCUUUGAUUAUCAGAGAUGUGAAGAAUGUCUCCCCUGUCCGGAGUCCUCUACAAAACCUCACAACUAGUAAGUAAGCCUACUGUAUGCUUGAGACAUUUUGCAUGUAUUUUCUUCUCAAUGUAGAGCAUAUGAUGCUUCACAUUACUGCUUAUUUAAGUGAGGCGACUGUCACAAAUGUCUUUGUGUUUCACAUUGGCUGAACUGUUUUACGUGACUUGUUUUGCUAUUGCUAAAGAGUGAAAAUGUGACAAUAGAAACUCUGUUACAGUGAGUGCGAUUGGGUUUUUUACUUUCAUUUUAUCCAACCUUUCAAUAAUGUCCAUGUUUUUUAAUGUAAUGUAUUUACAACUGACAUGCAAUUUGAUUUAACAGCGGCAGAAAACAUGAUCAUUCAUACGGGUUCCAUUGAUGGGGCUCAACCAAUCACAGGUAGGCCUAAAAUCUAGUUAUCAAGUAGAUUUUCUGUGUGCGUUCUCAGGUAGGUGCUGUAUAAUGCACCCAGUGACCACCAAGAUGCCUUUAACUGUUAUGCACCUUCAUUUGUAAAUGUAGGCAUGGAAACCUUGUUGAAUGCUCCCCUCCAUGUUUCACAACAAAGAAAUAAGGUAAGCUAUGACUGAGAAAUGUGAUUAUUCUUUAAAUUAGUCUUUCAAUUGGUGUAACUACAUUCAUCCAAUGUUUAUAUAGGUACUUAGACAUUCAUAACAAUACAAUUAUAAUAUGAAUAGUAUUUUAACUAUUGCCAAAAACCUAGGUACAUUGACAAUUUUUUCAUUGACCUUACCAGUGCACUUCUUACUGUGUUAAUCAAUGCUGCUGUGGACUUUGUCAUUCAUGAGACGCUAAAGUAAUUGUUUCUCCUAAUAGGAAAAUGUCAUGUUCAACCAGGAUGAUUAUGGGGAGAAAACAAUGAUGUUCACAGGAGAGGACACAGCAUUUAUGGAUAUGACUCACAGUCACACAAUACUCAUCGCCAAUGAUUCAGAAUCAUCAGUUGUUCUGCCACAUGAAAGCAAUGUGACUACACCUACCUGUGGAAACAUGGAUUUUACUUUUUCAGUGAAGAAAAGUAAAACUGGGUGUUUUCAGGACUCAACAGAGAAUUCUGCCCUCUUUAAAAACCCUUCCACCUCAGACAGAGGUAUAGAUCCAGAGUUUGAAAAUUUCCUUGCCAGUAUAACAAAGUCAAGUGGCUCCAUGGGUAAUCCAAUAACUCCCAAAUCCUCAACUACUGUGGCAUUCCACAGAGCUGCAUCCCCUCCAGAAAAAACGGACAACAGACGUUUCCUUGCUGCGCUCAAUGCGCGCAGGUCAGGAGUUGAUAAAGAGAAUCAGGUUCCAGCUUUGUCGACAACACGGAGAGACUGUACAGUGGGCUCAAUUAUCCCUCAAAGGCAAGGGCCUCAGUUCAUGAAUAUGUCUACGAUGCAAACUGAACAAGAUCAUAUGGAUCUGACAAAAAGCCAUACAACUUUGAUAGAUGGCAAAGGAGUUUUUCAGUGUGUGCAAACUGUAAGCUCUGAAGAGCAACGGCUUAGAGGAAGCACUUUCAGCCAGGUAUCUGUCUCUACUGAUCCAGAUGAAAUGGAGUUGACCAGGAGCCAAACUGUUGCCAUUGACUCCAAAGCCAUUGGGAUGAUUGGCCCUAAUCCCUCUCUGAAAAAAGAAAGGAGAAGUGUGGCCUUCACAUCAGAUCCCAAUAUAACCCAGAUCUUCUCAGGUGAUGACCAUGGUAUGGAGAUAACUGCAGCUCUCAAUGUUCCUCUCCGGGAGAAUGUGUGUGCUCCGACCAAGAAAGGUGAAUCAUCACCCUGGAUGUUUCCCCCGGAAAACAGAAUCUCCUCCUUUCAGUCAAAUCAACAGACCUUUCAUAGCACCUCCUACCCAUACUCUGAUGACAUGGAGAUGACAAGAUGUCAAACCGUUGCCAUUGAUUCCAAAAGUGUAGGCCUAAUGGAAAUUCCCUUACUAGGGAAUACAAGGAAAAGUUUGUCCUGCAUGCCAUCUUCUCAGAGAGGUGUGUUUUUGUCAGACUGUAAUGGUAUGGAUCUGACAGAGGCCCUCACUGGAAAUAUUGUGUCAAACAGCCAUACAGCAAUUAAUGAGCCACUACAGCGCUUGUUCCCCACACCAGAGAUGUCCCUUCACUCUGAUCGGAGUACCAACAUGGAGAUGACUUCAGGACAGAGACGUAAUAAAGAAUGGGAACCUGCAUCCUCUGAUCCUAAUGACAUGGAAAUCACAAAAAGCCUAACUGCUGUAAUUGAUUCCAAAUAUUGUGUGAUGGAGAAGCCUUCUCUUUGCAAAUCCAAGACCAAGUUUGACCUUGGUCUAUCCUAUGUGCCACCAUCUAUGGAAUGUGGCAAUUUCUCAGACGAUGCUAACAGUGUGGAGAGGGCGCUGGAUCAGGUAAAAGGCAGCGCGAUCAGUGUUUCCGUAGCCAUAUCGGAUCCUGAUGACAUGGAAAUAACUAGAAGUCAAACUGUUGCCAUCGACACCAAAAGCCUCAAUGUUGUCAAUCACAUGCAAAACACUACAAGGAAAAGUAUAUCCUUCGUGUCAGCUUCCAACAGACCAAGUCGUAUAUCAGAGGAUGACUGUGGUAUGGACAUGACCAAAUCUCUCACUGUGUCUAUAGAUCAUAGAAAUGAUCUGAAUGUGACAGAUGAGACCACUGGCAGAUUGCUCCCCAUAACAAAACACCAAAAGGAAACAUUUGAGAAGAGCCUGAUUAGAGCAGAAAUUAGUACAGAUGACAUGGAAAUCACAAGGAGCCAAACUGGGGUCAUUGACACCAGAGGUUUUGGUGUCGCAACUCCUUCACUCCAAGGUGGAAGAGGAAGAUUUGUCAGCUUUUUGGAUUCAAAUAAAACACUUAUUGGGGAAGACGACAAUUGUAUGGAGAUGACUCAAGCUCUCACUGCACAGAUAUUAGCAAAUGUGUCACAUUCUGCCCAUGGGGAUGAGACCUUGGCUAGGACGUCCACAAUCUCAAAGACACAUUUCACUGGAGAAAAGGGCAAUCAUUUUGUGGGAGUGGGUCACAAAACCGAUCAACAUCGGUCAUCGGAUUCAGAUGAUAUGGAUAUGACGAGAAGUCAGACCGCUGUAAUUGAGUCUGAAAACAUUAAGAUGGGGAAUCGUGACCCUUUCAGAGCAAGGCAAUGUUUAUCCAGUGUGAGUAAGACCCUGCAGAUGGUUCCUCACUCAGAGCAGAGUGCACAUGGUGAGAUUAUGUUUCAGUUAGGUGUUGAAAGCCUCUGCAGUAGAAAGGCACCUAGAUCUUCUGACUCUGAUGAAAUGGAACUGACAAGGAGCCAGACUGUUGCAAUUGAAUCCAAAGUUAUUAACAUGACGUUUUCCCCCGAAACAAAAGCUCCAUUAGGGAAUGUGACAAAGGUGUCAAUUAAUCAGGCAAGUGAUAUGGAAGUGAAAAGAGUAGUAGAAGCGACACGUUGUAGAAAUAAUCCUGUAGCUGUACCCUCUAACCUGGAGGAGAAGAAAAUGGCCAGAGACGAAACUGAAAUGUUUUCUGAGGAUCAUGAAAUGGAGAUGACCAAGGCUGUCACAACGCAAAUUGAACAACAUGCACCUACCAAUGUGAAAGAUGUGAAGGGCACUUCAUCCACCACAAAUGCAAUUUCCUUGUGUCUACCUGAGGGUCAUCCUAGAGAAAUCCCCACUAACCUUACAGAACACUUUGACCUAAAGGGAUUGGCAGACAGAAAGGAUCCUGAUCUGAAAGAUGAAGACUGCUCCUUUAUUCCUAACAAACCAGAAAGCUCUCCCAUUGCCUCUUCAGUCUCAAAAGAAGAUGAUAACGUACUUUCCAAGAAUGCUAAGACCAGGCGAAUGAGUUUGGCAGAUCUGCAGUUGAAACUUAAUCAUAUGAGCCGCAUGAUAAAUGAAUCCACUGAAGUGAUGGGUAGCUGCACUGCACCUUUAUCUCACCUGGCGAGGACCUCCGACAAACACGGUGUAGAGACAGAAUCCUUAACAGCUGUAGACUACGGGUCUAAAACCAUGGGAUUAAUGACUGAGAAACCAGCAAGCGUUGAAUUGGAGGACCAUAUUCACAAUGACAAACCUAAAAUGACUGCUCCUUUGAAAUUGAGGAGUAAAUGCCUUGCAUCACGACUGUCAUUUGGUGGUUUCCUGCCCAAACUCCCACAAAUGGCUAAACCCUCUGAAUCAAACCAGACUGAGUCCAAUAGCGUGACAGAUUUUGCGAAACUUCUGAAGAAGAAUAGCUUGGGUGGCACUCAUGAACUGAGGAGCAACAUCUUGAUGGACAACAUUGAUGAUGAAGUGCUUCCAGACAUUAGCAGUGAAGAGGACUUAUCAGAAACUGUGGACACAAAGUCUCCUCAGAGGGUCGACGUCAAGGAAAAUAUUUUCCAAGGCAAGGUGAUUGAGGAUGUUGUGGAGCAUGAGGUCUUUAAAGAGCCAGUCCUAACUGUUACCCAAUGUCAGAAGAGAUCCCUGCCAGAAGAGGGCCAUGAAGACUCCAUGGACGAGGUAAAGAGGAGUAAGCCAUCAACAGAAAACAUCAGAGAAAUGGUAAAUGCUCAGUUCUUUUCAUUUAAUCAGUUAACAUUGAUUUUGUUAAAUGUAAUCAAUACGAUUUAAUAGAUUUGUCUGUUUUCACAUUUUAUCUUGACAGAUGCCACCUACACAGGUAGUUCAGUGGGACAGUAACUGUACAGGAGCUGCAGCUGAUGGCUCCAGCAGCAACUCCAACCUCCGAUGUGAGGGCACAUUUGAGUCGUCAAGUGAGUUAUGAGGAGCUUUUACUUCUCAUUUCUGCUGUCUCACUCAAACAUUCGUUAUCCCCUUGUCUGUCUUAAUCCCUUUUCAAGUGCAUAGUCUAGGUUAGGUAGGCAAUACUAACUUCAUGCCAUUUUCCAGCUUACAGACAAAGCCAAUUCGAGUCCCAGCUUGAGGACACCGGGGACUACACAUUUGAUGUACGGAAGGUAUGUCAACAACUCCCUUUUACAUUUACUUUUCCUGUUAACAUUUCCGCUAUACUGUGUUUUCACUGCUCUUUCACAUUUAAUUUCAGAAACUCCAAGAAGGCACCGUUACAGUGGCAGAGUUCCUGAAACUCUUCAGCAUCGACUUUGUCAUCCAUAAACCUCGACAGAGUAUUCUGCCUGCGAGAGUAAAUCUUGAACCUUUGUCUUUAGAAUUGUAUUUUGCACAAAACAAAUGUACUAAUCACUUUUGAGGAAUUAUUACAAAGGAUAAUACUUAUACUCACAAUAAAUAUACAGUGGGGGAAAAAAGUAUUUAGUCAGCCACCAAUUGUGCAAGUUCUCCCACUUAAAAAGAUGAGAGAGGCCUGUCAUUUUCAUCAUAGGUACACGUCAACUAUGACAGACAAAAUGAGGGAAAAAAAUCCAGAAAAUCACAUUGUAGGAUUUUUAAUGAAUUUAUUUGCAAAUUAUGGUGGAAAAUAAGUAUUUGGUCACCUACAAACAAGCAAGAUUUCUGGCUCUCACAGACCUGUAACUUCUUCUUUAAGAUGCUCCUCUGUCCUCCACUCGUUACCUGUAUUAAUGGCACCUGUUUGAACUUGUUAUCAGUAUAAAAGACACCUGUCCACAACCUCAAACAGUCACACUCCAAACUCCACUAUGGCCAAGACCAAAGAGCUGUCAAAGGACACCAGAAACAAAAUUGUAGACCUGCACCAGGCUGGGAAGACUGAAUCUGCAAUAGGUAAGCAGCUUGGUUUGAAGAAAUCAACUGUGGGAGCAAUUAUUAGGAAAUGGAAGACAUACAAGACCACUGAUAAUCUCCCUCGAUCUGGGGCUCCACGCAAGAUCUCACCCCGUGGGGUCAAAAUGAUCACAAGAACGGUGAGCAAAAAUCCCAGAACCACACGGGGGGACCUAGUGAAUGACCUGCAGAGAGCUGGGACCAAAGUAACAAAGCCUACCAUCAGUAACACACUACGCCGCCAGGGACUCAAAUCAUGCAGUGCAAGAUGUGUCCCCCUGCUUAAGCCAGUACAUGUCCAGGCCCGUCUGAAGUUUGCUAGAGUGCAUUUGGAUGAUCCAGAAGAGGAUUGGGAGAAUGUCAUAUGGUCAGAUGAAGCCAAAAUAGAACUUUUUGGUAAAAACUCAACUCGUUGUGUUUGGAGGACAAAGAAUGCUGAGUUGCAUCCAAAGAACACCAUACCUACUGUGAAGCAUGGGGGUGGAAACAUCAUGCUUUGGGGCUGUUUUUCUGCAAAGGGACCAGGACGACUGAUCCGUGUAAAGGAAAGAAUGAAUGGGGCCAUGUAUCGUGAGAUUUUGAGUGAAAACCUCCUUCCAUCAGCAAGGGCAUUGAAGAUGAAACAUGGCUGGGUCUUUCAGCAUGUCAAUGAUCCCAAACACACCGCCCGGGCAACGAAGGAGUGGCUUCGUAAGAAGCAUUUCAAGGUCCUGGAGUGGCCUAGCCAGUCUCCAGAUCUCAACCCCAUAGAAAAUCUUUGGAGGGAGUUGAAAGUCUGUGUUGCCCAGCGACAGCCCCAAAACAUCACUGCUCUAGAGGAGAUCUGCAUGGAGGAAUGGGCCAAAAUACCAGCAACAGUGUGUGAAAACCUUGUGAAGACUUACAGAAAACGUUUGACCUGUGUCAUUGCCAACAAAGGGUAUAUAACAAAGUAUUGAGAAACUUUUGUUACUGACCAAAUACUUAUUUUCCACCAUAAUUUGCAAAUAAAUUCAUUAAAAAUCCUACAAUGUGAUUUUCUGGAUUUUUUUUCCUCAUUUUGUCUGUCAUAGUUGACGUGUACCUAUGAUGAAAAUUACAGGCCUCUCAUCUUUUUAAGUGGGAGAACUUGCACAAUUGGUGGCUGACUAAAUACUUUUUUUCCCCACUGUAGGUACUAAAUACAGAUUUUCCACUCCUUAUAGAUUGUGUCAGAUCUGGAUCGCAAAACAGAGGACUUGUUAAUCGAGAAGCAUAUCAACCGUCCCAAACAGAGGGUGUAUGAGACAGACUGCCAGAUACUCACAGAAAUGGUGGAGGGGUAUGUUUAAUUAUACAUGUCAUUGCCAACUCAUUCUCACGCUUUACAUAGCAUUUUAUUUCAUGUAGCAUGUUCAUCCCUUUGGUGUACUUUCUGAUUUCAGGUUGAAAGCACAUCUGAGAGACCAAGACAAUCUUCUGAAAAGUGUUAAUGGAACACUUUGGGAGGCGGUGAAGGGCUUUUCAGAUGAAGAGGUAUUUAACUUUCUGCCUGUCUCCCUGUCUUUUUAUUUUCUUUGGAUAUUUGUUGAUUUUCCUCUUGCUAUUUCCAGUCAAAGUUUGAUGCAGAAAUGAUCCAUUUGGACAACCCAUCUUGAUGUUGUGGCUUAUUUUCCCUAGUUGCUGCUUUUUGGUGCCAAGUUGAAAGAGAGGAUGACAUUCUUCAGAAAGAGAAGCAAAGUCCGAUCUCAUGAAAUGAAAGCCGUUUUGUACUCCAACCUUGUGCACACAACUCGGGUAAGACCCUUGAUGAGAACGAGAAUCCCUUCACUAUGUUGCUAGUAACCUUUGACUGAAAAAGACAUAUGCUUACCACAUUUGUGUGUGUAACUCGCCUAAUAAACUGUUUCAUUGAUGUCCCAUUACAUCUUCACAGGAGGCACAACAUAACUUGAGAGGAAAUAUUGAGAAGACAGAUCAAUGUCUGAAAGACCUUGAUGAAUGUCUACAUGACUUGGAAGCUGGUAUAUUGGAUUUUAGUUAAUCUCCUUUAGACCCUUUAGUAUUCUCUAUUGUAAUUCAAUUUGAACCAAGGGACCUAAUAUUAUUUUUCACAAUGCAUGCUUGUCAUCCUCUUAAGAUAAUUGGGUUAUUGGAGGUGGGAAUCGAUUAAGAAUUUUCAGAGGUUUUGUCAUGCUUCUUUUGUCUUCUGUUUGCCACAGAACUUGCAGCUGUGGAGGGCACCGGGGUAGAGGACAGUGAGCUGACCUUGAAAGCAAGGCAGCAAGGUAACAUAUGACGCCACAAUCUUCUGUUUCUUUUUGGUUCACUUUUUUAUUUAUUAAUCAAUGGUGUGCUUGCUAUUUGACAUGUUAAUGUUGAAUUAUGUUCUAUCAGGGUUGGAGAAUGUCAACAAAGCAAUUGCUGAAGGUGAAAGGUAAGUCUACAUUGCUUGACUCAUAAUUUAGUGCAAAUAAAUUGGAUUUAGUCCAUUUCAGUUUUUCUUUGUCGUCGCCAGAGCUACGGUCUCUAUAGAGAUUUUAAUUUGUAUGACUUUACUCACUUCCGCUGGAUGUGCAGAGAAAUGGAAACCAUUUGUUUUUCUCCACAGGCAAAUGUGUGAAUUGAAACUACAGAAGAUAAACUCUGUGGACAAAGUGGACAGACUCCGAAAGGAAACUCUGGAACUUGAGAACCACAUUGCCAUGCUGGAUAGGUCAGUUUCUCAUUUUCCAGACAGGGAUACAUUUUUCCCCCCCCUGCAUAUACGCCUACCAUUCCAUUCAACUUUGAAUUUCAAUUUUUGCCUCUUUUGGUUUCAGAGUGAAUGAAUGGAAGUUUGGGCAGAAAGAUGACAGGAAGAGCAUCUACAGCUUUCUCUAUGAGUCCUUGCUGUUGGAGGUGCAGUUUGAGAAACCUAACGGUAAGAUGUAGUGAUUAUAUAUUUUCAUUGAUAGUAUAACUUUCCUUGCACCCAAGGUGCUAGUAUGUUUAUAGUAGUUUUGCUCUGCAGUUUCUUUCAAAGGGUUGCAUUAAGACAAGUGAUUUUCUUUAAGAUCAAUGAUUUUCAAUGCUUUGCUCUCUUAUUUAGGAGGAGAGGUCUGUGAACAGACUGAGCGUAACAUCAUGGACAUCACAUUUCAACGUCAAAUGGAUGGUGGGGAGAAAUUAAGCUCUGACACUUUAAUGUAGAAUCUUUUCUUGGUUCUCGCCACACACAGGACUCUUGCCAACUCACCUUUCUUUCUUACAGAUGAAAAGUCACAGUGCUACUCUCGGCUUGUACACAAUCUGCUAUGCCAGUACAUUGGCAGUGAAACCACUUGGUUCAAGAAGUACCCCACCAGUCGAUACAUUCCCAAGGUAAGUGUGAGGCUUGGUUAAAUGGGUAUUAAAGGACGAUCCACACGACGUGAAGUCCAGAAAAAGGGUUGGUGUUUUAAAUGUAUCUCCUAGAAUCACAUUGCAUGUUCAGCGGUUCAGUUUUGGCUAAAUAAUAUCUGUCUGUUUCUCGCUCUCCAGCUGCUGCACGAUGUGGGUCUGGUGGUAAGCCGCUGUCGCCUCCUGGGAGAAGAGAUCCACCUGAUGAAGAAGUGGGGCGCUCUGAGGCUGGACAUCCUGGACAUCAGCUGUGUGGACACACAGUAAGAUCACACACCAUAGAAAUACAACUCUUAGACUGGACACAUCCCCAUCAGACCACCAGAGAAUGUUGACUUAAAUGGGACUGUCCUUUCUAGGGAAUUUAAUAGAUAUAGUUACAUAUAACAGCUUUCUGAAUGCAAAACUACUUAUUUUUUGUCCUCUAUUUCAGAGUUCGAAUCCUGUUCUCCAGUCUCAAGUCAUUUGCCAAGUUUGAGAUGACUGUAGCUGUUACCUACGCCUACCCCUUCGGUCUCCUUCAUGUGCAAAACUUCCGAAAUCACAUUGGAAACGCAACGUAAGACUUAAUGUUUGUCUUCUCACGCACACACCUGUGUUUUGUUUCUAGUCUUAUUUGUACAUUGUUGCAACAAGGCACCUUUAAUAAUUCAUGUUUAUUCUAUACAGGAGAGACCAGGUGGAGGACAUUGUAUCAUCAGUAACACCAGCCAAGAACUACUUGACCAAGAUUGUCAAGAGGAUCCAUGAAAGUCUGCUGUGCUGAGACCAGUUCCAGUCAAUGGCUGUUGUGGUGCUACAUUCCAUGUAGUGAAUGAAAAUAUGUAUAUGUUUGUCAAUUCCAUUUAUUAAUAAUGUUCAAUAUCCCAUUUUCUUUUGUGUUAAUUUGACAUGUUUUCUACCAUAAGUUUUGAUGAUUUUUAUAAUUGUUGUUCAUAAGGGAUCAAUAGUCAUGUUUUGUAAUAGUUGGCCAUUACAAACCAUCUUUGAUGUAUUGCCUCUAGCAAAACUAUGGCGAGAAUUACAAUAACUGAAAAACGCUUGAAUACUACAUGAACAUUUGUCUUUGUUUAUUGCCUGAAUCAUUAUUAAAAUGUUACAACUUUUA